ACUAGAAAAAGAAAGAUGGGUCGGCAUUCUUGCUGCAACCAACAAAAGGUUAAGAGAGGUCUUUGGUCCCCUGAGGAAGAUGACAAACUCAUCCAAUACAUUACCACUCAUGGCUAUGGCUGCUGGAGUGAAGUUCCAGAAAAAGCUGGGCUUCAAAGGUGUGGUAAGAGUUGUCGCCUGAGAUGGAUUAAUUAUUUGAGGCCUGAUAUUAGAAGAGGCAGGUUUACACUUGAAGAGGAAAAGCUAAUUAUAACCCUUCACAGCCUUGUUGGCAACAGAUGGGCUCACAUUGCUAGCCACUUGCCUGGUAGAACAGACAACGAAAUAAAGAACUAUUGGAACUCUUGGAUCAGAAAGAAAAUAAGAAAGCCUUCAUCAAUCACUAAUCCUCCACAAAGUGUUGAUCAUCACCAUCCCCUUCAGCUCAAUUAUAAUUUGAAUAAAGUAGAUCACUUUGCUAACCAAGACAAUACAAUAGCAAAGCCACCGUUACAAGAUACCUUAUUUUCUCCCACACGCCCUAUAUUUAUGUUUGACACUACUUCAACAGAAGUCACCACCAAUGCAUCUGCAGUACUCUUCCAAGAGACAUUUGAUUUGAGUCCUGAAACGUGGCACUUGAGCAAUCAUCAAGUCGAAGCCAUUACUCCUCAUCUUCCAACAACUUUUACAGCAGCUGAAGUAAUUGAUCCUACUAAUUAUUAUCUGCCACCAUUGAUAGAGAACGAGGAAAACGUUGUGCCAAUUGAGUCUUGCAAUGUGAAAGAUGAAGGAGAAGUAAUUACACUGGAAUCAAUGCAGAGGCAAGAGUUGAAUAGUGAUUGGGUGGAGACCCAACAGCAAUGUCCUAGCUUUCUUUUCUGGGACAAUACUCACAAUAGUAAUUUUGAUGUACAACUUGGAGGGGGAGAACUAGCACCAAAUUCAUCAAAUAUGGGAACAAACACACUUUCUCCUUUUCCAUUUUCAACUUUAAUCAUUUCCGAGAAGAACCGUAAGGAGAUCUGCAAAUACCUCUUCCAAGAGGGAGUUUGCUUUGCGAAGAAGGACUACAAUCUUGCCAAGCACCCUGAGAUCGAUGUGCCGAAUCUGCAGGUGAUUAAGUUGAUGCAGAGCUUCAAGUCAAAGGAGUAUGUGAGGGAGACUUUUGCUUGGAUGCACUAUUACUGGUUCCUCACCAACGAUGGCAUUGAGUUUUUGAGGACUUACCUCAAUCUUCCCUCUGAAAUCGUGCCUGCUACUCUCAAGAAGCAGGCUAAGCCUGCUGGCAGGCCAUUCGGUGGCCCAGGCGGUGAUCGCCCUAGGGGCCCACCUCGCUUCGAGGGUGAAAGGAGAUUCGGUGGUGAUCGUGAUGGAUACCGUGGAGGUCCUCGUGGUGGUGAGUUUGGUGACAAGGGCGGAGCUCCUGCUGACUACAGGCCAUCUUUUGGGGGUCCUGGUGGAAGGCCUGGCUACGGUCGUGGUUCUGGUGGUUUUGGAGCACCAACAAGUUCCAAUGCUCCUGAAAUGUAAUGAUUUAUGCUCUAGUUUUUGCAGUUUUGGCUGUCCAUGGAGUCAAUAGUUGUUCCCCCCUCUAAUAGUUCUUUCAUCCGGCUUACAUUUUUACGUUUGAAUUUUAAUAUUCAGUUAUUUAUGUGAUGAAGAUUUUGAAUGA